AUGAACUCUAGAUUGCCCUCUCAGCAAGCGCUGAGUGCUCUUGAGGCGCUUGAAGACGCUUUGCGGUGCCAGAUCUGCAAAGAUCUUAUGACUGCGCCAGUUAUUACUGGCUGCAGCCAUACAUUUUGCUCACUAUGUAUCCGACGGGUCCUCGUAGACGAUGGACGAUGCCCGGUAUGUCGGCAUACAGAGGAUGAGCAGCGGUUGCGUAAAAAUACAGCAGUUGAGGAUGCAAUUGAGGCGUAUAUACGUGGAAGACCUGCUUUUGACAGCGUCUGCUCUGUGCAGACGGGUUUCUGCUGUCCCCGUGUCGAGUGUCCCGUGUGUGGACGGGCUGUCGACGAGGCAGACGCACAGGUACACGUCAAUGCCUGCCUGGCAGGCAGUGUCCCGCGGCCUGCCAAGCUGCCACGUGUUAAUUACGCCCUUUGGACGGAAACACGGCUGCGUGCAGAGCUGCGGGCACUUGGCCUGCGGACAGCCGGCGACAAAGCAAUGCUUCAGCGGCGACAUGCAGAAUGGAUCAAUUUAUGGAACGCAAAUACUGAUGCAAAACACCCGUUAACCCGUACGGAUCUUAUACGACGUCUCGAGCGUUGGGAGCGCACUGCACGUACUCUGCAGCCAAGUAUUCGCGAGGUUGCACGUGACUCGUGGCUGCGGACACACCGCGACGCGUUCGCGCAGCUCGCGUCGAGUGCGCGUCAAUCUAUUAAGGAUACAUGUGUGUCCUCAAGUAGCGACUGCAAGCACACAGAGAGAGAGACGGAACAAAGCACAGAAAACACAAAGACAGAGCCAAACAUAUAG